GCUUCUAGCCUAUACAAGCUUGUCCCGAUGUCUACUCAAUCUGUUGUAGUUACUACUCAAAUCCAUCAUGCAACUAUUCAUUUUGAGAUCAACGUCGAGAAGAAUAGAUAGUUAUGCCGUCUGCAAUAUUAUAAUUCUUGUAGUCAUAUUCUUCUUCGGGGAAAUACAAACACGUCGACCUCCAUAUCAUUAUGAUCAUCAUCAUCAUCGUUUCGGCCCACCACGUAGAAACUACAGAGGAGCGGUAGUGGCGAAUGGAAAAGGAUGUGCAGAUGUUGGAAUAAACAUCAUGAAGAAAGGAGGAAACGCAGUUGACGUAGCAAUAGCAACUCUUCUUUGCGAAGGAAUCACAAUGCCGAGUACGAUGGGUUUGGGAGGAGGAUUUUUCAUGAGCAUCUUCGAUAAAUCCAGUGGUGAAGUGAUAUCAUUAGAUGCCAGGGAAACUGCACCAGCAGAUGCCUAUCAAGAUAUGUUCUCAGGCAACUCUACAUUGGCAAGAGCAGGUGGAUUGUCAGUAGCAGUUCCUGGUGAGCUACGAGGUUAUUGGGAGGCUUACAACAAAUAUGGUGGAGGAGUACCUUGGAAAGAGCUCUUCAGGAAUCCUAUUAAGCAGUGCAGAUUUGGUAUCUACGUCAACAAAUUCAUAGCAAAAGUGAUGGCAACCAACAGAGAUAUAUUAUAUGCUGAUCCUGCAAUGAGGUCAGUUUUCAUAAACAAAGUCACUAAUGGUACAUAUAAGGAAGGCGAAUACUAUAGAAAUAUGGCUCUAGCAAAGACUUUGGACAUAAUUGCCAGGGAAGGAGGAGAUGCUCUACACAAUGGUUCUCUCACUGCAAAUUUUGUCAACGACAUCCAAGCAAAGAACGGAAUCAUCACCGUGGAAGAUAUGAAUCAAUACAGUCCCAAAUGGAAAAAUCCAAUAGAAACAACUCUAUUCAAUGGGAUCAGUAUGUAUUCGUUUCCUUUACCAGGAUCUGGUCCAAUAGUAUCCUACAUUAUGAACAUUCUGGACGGUUUUUUGGAUUCUUCCAAUCACACAUCUGUAACGAAUUACCAGAGACUAGUGGAGAGUCUGAAAUUUGGGUAUGGUGCAAGGACGCAGUUGGGUGAUGACGAUUUCGUGGAUUUGGAUGAGUAUCUCAAUCAGUUGAUACUUCAGAGCUACGCUGAGGAAACCAGAGGAAGAAUUUUCGACAAUAUCACUUUCCAAGAUCCAGAAUAUUAUGGAGCCUAUUCUGGAAAUGUAGAGGACCAUGGUACAUCACAUAUUUGUGUUCUGGCCCAGAAUGGAGAUGCCGUUUCAGUUACUAGUUCUAUCAAUUAUGUAUUCGGAGCUAAGUUCAUGUCAGAAAGCACCGGCAUCAUUCUGAAUGACUCAAUGGACGAUUUCUCAUUACCAGGCGAAACCAACCAGUUUGGAUUACCUCCAUCUCCAACGAACUACAUCGUUCCUAACAAGAGACCAAUGUCCUCGAUGACACCAGUAAUAUUUUUGGAUAGUAACAGAGAAGUCGUCAUGAUUACGGGGGGUGCAGGAGGCAGUAAAAUAAUAUCAAAUGUUAUACAGGUGAUGGUUAACCAUCUGCUUUAUGGAAUGGAUCUGAAGAGUUCGAUUGAUGCUAUAAGACUUCACCACCAGUUGAUUCCGAUGAUACUAACUUUUGAAAGUGAAUUCAUGACACAGGCUCCAAAUGUGGUAGAAUACUUGCAGCAUGUUGGACAUAAUAUAACGUUCAAUGCAGCAGAUGGCUUCGCGUCGAUAACUGCUAUUAGUCGAGAUGCAAGGCUAGGUGUGACUGGAGCAGCAGACAGAAGAAGAUUAGGAGACGUUGCUUAUAUUUGAUGCAUUAGAUUAGAUUUAUAGUUAGUUGAUAUCAAAUAUUGAAUACUUGAAUAUAAAAUAAACUGUUUUUCACCAUC